AGACAAUACCCGGAUUAACGUAAUUUCACGCUUUUGGCUUCUCACAACCCGUUCCAAUUUGAGCCCCGCGAGCAAAACAUUUGAUUGAUUUGAAAAGCAAUUUGUUUCCACGUUUCGAUCGAACGUUUGAUCGAAAUUACUCUCGAGCAACGUGCUCGGAUCGACACGCUUCACGGGCCGAUAAUAGCCUGAAUAGCUGCCUCUUUCGAAGCAAAUGUUGCAAAUAGCUCCAUCGACGGCCAUGCAAGCGUUGGCAUAAAUUAAGGUGGUUGUUUGUCAGUAAAGCGACAUCCGUUUUUCACCUGCCGCUUGUCGGCCCGAAGUAGAUGCUCCACUUGCAUGUGAACUUGGAUCUGUUCUAUCUAUGUGAGGCGUUCCGAAUUCCUCAUGGCUACGGAUGUAGGCGCGUGGUUGCCGUUUGCAAGAGCGGCUGCCGUAGGAUGGGUCCCUCUGGCUACAUCUCCGAUGCCGCCGCCGCCAGAGACACAGAAAAACGACGAACGAGUCACCAUUAACGUUAGCGGACGCCGAUUUGAAACUUGGCAAAACACAUUGUCCCGUUUCCCGGAAACUCUCCUAGGCAGUGACGAAAAAGACUAUUUUUUCGAUUCGGAAACAAAGGAAUACUUUUUUGAUCGAGAUCCCGACCUUUUCCGGCAUGUUUUGAAUUAUUAUCGCAAUGGAAAACUGCAUUACCCGCGAGGAGAGUGCGUGCAGUCUUUCGAGGACGAACUCUGUUUCUUCGGCAUUUCCGAAGAUGUUGUGUACGAUUGUUGCUGGGAAGAUUUUCGAGAGAGAAAGAAAGAAUGCGAAGAGAGAAUUUUUGAGCCUGAUAAACUGGAAGACGGUGGAUCACAGAAUGGAGACGAGAACACUGACUCGACUUUCCGAGAGAAGAUGUGGACUGCUUUUCAAAAUCCACAAAGCGGUCCCCUGGCUUCUUUGGCUUAUUACAUCACGGGCUUUUUCAUAGCUGUGAGCGUCAUUAGCACGGUAGUUGAAACUCUACCCGCGGAUGGUGGAAACAUUGGAGAAGUCAAUAAAAGUAUUUUCUUUGGGCUUGAAACAGCCUGUGUUGUAGUUUUUACCAUUGAAUAUUUAGCCCGCUUAUACGCCGCGCCUGAUCGAUGUAAAUUUGCUCGAGAUCUGAUGAGCAUUAUCGACGUUGUUGCUAUACUACCAUUCUAUGUUGGUCUAUUUAUGCCUGACAAUUCGAUAAGUGGAGCUUUUGUGACUCUUAGAGUAUUUAGGAUCUUCAGAAUUUUCAAAUUUUCCAGACAUUCGCGAGGACUUCGAAUCUUGGGAUACACGCUCAAGAGCUGUGCCUCUGAACUUGGCUUCCUGCUAUUUUCUCUGUCUAUGGCAGUCAUCAUAUUCGCUACUGUCAUGUAUUACGUGGAAAAAGGAGAACCCGACACAAAAUUCGAAAGUAUUCCUGCAAGUUUCUGGUACACCAUCGUCACAAUGACUACAUUAGGGUAAGUUAAAAUUUUUUCUCAAUGAACUACACAUGACUAAACGUAUAUAAACUCGGCGGCUAGCUUUGUGUUUACAUUUGUCUACAGACAUUAAGUCCUUGUGCAAAUUAUCUGAAUCUGCCCAUGUCAUUCUUUACUGCGUUGUCUACCAAAAUGAAACUAACUUUGUCUGUUUUUCCUUCUAAUUUAGAGGUCUAGACGAAAUACAUUUGUUUCUCGGGUAGCUUACAUUAAUCGACGCAUACAACUCAGUCUACCAUGGAUAAAAUUAUUACACUUAGCGUAAAAAAGUUACAAUUCACGGGCAACUCACUUUCGUAGAGAUAAUAUUUUUAAACGCAAGAACAGACAAGGCUUAAUUUGCAUGCAAAACAUAAUGUUUUGAAGCAAAAUGCAUAUAUUUACGUCUUGUUGUUUUCCAACAUCCUCAUAUAAUGAAAACUUGAACAGAAAAUGUUCUGUACAGUUUAUGCACGUUACGGUUCGAACUAAAAAACAGACUCAAACUACGUUUAUUUUUUUUUUCAUUCGUUCAUCGAAGCUAAGACACGGUAAAUACUAUGGCAAAAGACGAAUUUAAAAUUUCCUGUGUUAAAAAAUUAAUAGUUGAAUGACAUGCUUUAAAGCUGGUGUAUUGUAUUACAAAAGCGCGGGCACCAUUUGCGUUUUAAGUACGUUCUUCAACUUUAUUUUUUUCUUCUUUUAAGAACGUCUGAUCGGCUCGCUUCGAAUGAAAUCUACUAACAGUGUAUUAGCUUGGUUUAUUUGUGGUAUUUGUUCGAUAGGUUUUGAGAUAAGAGCUUAAUGAAUUACGGUUCUAAAACGGCGAUAAUGUCUUUCGGUGCUUUUGAAACUGAUCCGCUAAGAUUUCUGAUGAAAUUUCGGAGAACUUCCUCCACGCGCCGAAAACGUGACAAUUGGGUUUAAAUUUUAUGUAUACCGUUAUGAUAGACGCAUCACCUCGACAACAAGGACUAUAAUUUUGCACAUCUUUUCGCCCGAUUGCUUUAAUUUUCUAGAGGAACUUCUUUAAGUCGCGUGUUUGCCAAAUUCAUUUCAUUUUCUGUAGGUGGACUUUGGGCCACUAUGAAUCGAUAGAUUCUUGCAACUAGAUGUAACAAGAAAUUUAUGCAAAAAUAGAUGUUAUUGAAAACAAGAACCAGUCGCAGCAGAAUUGCAUUAACAAGGAAGUCGAGGAAAUUUAUUUACAGCAAGAACAUUUAGCGCGCAGCUGUAAGGAAUUGUUUAGUCCCGAUGUAUGGAAGUGUAUAAUUCACAGCGAAACACAGGUUUUUUAGUAAAACAGAGAAACAGAGAUACUUAAAAAAUUAUGCCGCACUGUGGCUUCUAAAUCGAUUUCUGUGCGUUCAAAAUAUUCAGCUUUUUAGUUGCCCUACUUAAACUUUUAAAAGGAAAAAACGAAAUGAAACUGUUCACGACUUUCAUGUUGUUCACAGUUGUUUUUUAUUAUUAUUAGGUAUUUUCAGUUUUAUUUUUUUUAAAUUCUAUAUGCUUCUCAGUUACCUUCGUAUACCAAUAAAAUGUGACAUUUCGCGGUUACUUCCAAGCUUUUAACUAAGGUGCAUUUGAAUCGUUUUUCGGUGAGCUUAGCUGUAACCGCUAGAAUUUUUCAAAAUGAAUUAUCAGGCCCUAAAACCAUCCUACCAUGAAAGUCAGCCAAGCACUUCAAGGACUUUGUCCGUUCAAAUGGAUUAGCAACAACACUUAAUUAAUGGUCUUAAGCACCGAUCAGAGAAAGGUAUUACUCUAAAACGUCGGCUUUUGUUUUCCCAGCCCUCGCUUGUUGCAUAUCAUUUAUACUGAGUGCUUGCUCGAUAAUUUUUCAUUUCUUCCUAUUUAUUUUUUCUCUUGAUUCGUUUUAACUCAUUUCAUAUGCAAUGACAGAAAGUAUACCUUAAUGAAUAUUUUAUAUUUUUACACAGUUUUUCGAUUUUCACAACGUUUUCUUUUCCUUCAUUUGCAUUGCCAUUGUAAUAUUCAAUACCGCGUUGUCAGCUAACACGUCAAAUAUUAAAUGAUAUUGAUAGAUAUAUAAAAACUUUAAUCUUCAUCACUCUUUGUCACACAUAGAUGUGCUUUUGUGAAAUGAUUCAUCCAAGAACAAUUAAGUAUUUUCAUCUCAUUUCACCCUGCGAAACCUCUUUGUUAUGGCAUUAACAUAUAAAUAUGCUUACAUAAUGUGUUUUUUUGUUUCUAAGAUAGUAAAAAUUAUAUAAAUAUUAUGAGGCUAGAUAUCAUCAAGGCUAAGUGAAAGUGAAAAUAAUAGGCCUUUGUAAAAUUGUUUGGCUUAAUCAUCACUCACUUAUGCCUACCUCAGAGUUCUUGCUAUGGUUCAAUUGAUUCUUGGUUCAAAUUUUAUUCUCCUUAGUUCAGUCUCGUUAUUGUGCAUGUGUAUUAACGCACAAAAUAUCAAAAACAAAAGAAAAAAAAUUGAACCAAGGACACAACGUCGUCAUAAGGCAAUAUAUUUGUUGAUAAUUUGCGUAUAGGGUCAUUCCCACUCAACUCUGCUGAGAGCUGUGUUGACACGUUGAAUUGAGAAGAGUUUGACCUUGUUCAGUCUUCAUCACAAUUUUCCAUGAGAUCUGGAAAUGUUAAUUUUUUUCAUGACUGGCUGUUGCUAAAAUUUGGCCUGAUUUAAGGUUAGCCUCAUAAAGAGAGGAAGUAAAUGCCUGGAUGACGUCAGGGACCAACUCUAACUGUCUGUCUCUACAGGCAGGUGUCCGUGGAGUUGUUACCCCUUUAAGCCCGUGGGUCCACAUACAAAUUCUCUGAACUGAUCUUCAUACAUUCAUUUUAAGAAUUAGUUGGGAGAAUUUGUUACAAGAUCAAAGCAUUUUCCCCUAAGUGAUCAUUCAAUUAAUUCCCAAAACCUUUUAUUUUAAUUAUGAAUUGCUUGGAGAAAAUUGAUGUUGGCCACUCUUGGCCUUUAAAAGGGUUAAAAUAGAGUUGACCAUAUCAUUUAAAACUAUUCACUUCUAUUGAUUAUUAAGUGUACAUACAAAGUUGUCAAACUGGCCAAUGUUAAUGCCGCAAUGAACAUAUCGAGAAGCCCAGCAAAACUGCAGUCAAGAGGUUGAUGAGGCAAAUGAAAAUUGAUGGGUUACUCAGGAGAGCAAUCCUCAAAAGCUCUCCUUCAUCUUGAAUCCUGAUCAAAGAAAUAACUGGAACUUCCUAAAAAGGAAUGAAAAAUCCAAGCAAUCUAUAAGUCAUUCUUUGAAAUAAUGAAUAAAUGAAUUUCAUAUAUAUUUGAACUGCAGAAAUUAUAAACAAAUAAAUGUUAUUACUUAAGACCAUUACAGUUGGGAAAAGAAAGCCUGAAAAAUUAAGGCCUGCUAGGAUUCAAACCCUUACCUCUGCAAUACUGGUGCAGUGCCCCAACUAAUUUAGCUAGCAAGCCAACUGGGAGCUUAAAAAUUGGUUCAUAAUAUACCCGGGACAGAUGAAGAUGAACUAAUGAAUGCAACUAGUUGAAGAUCCAACUAUAUAUGCAUUUGUGAAAAUAAAGCCUGUGUGAAAAAGUUCAAGCUUGUCGGGAUUAAUCUUUAUCCACAGCUUGUCAAUGACUAAACAACCUGUCAUGGGCACUGUACUGUGGACAAGGUGUUCAUAAAAGUUUCAGUGUGUUUUCAGAUAACCUAUAGUUCAGCUUAAUCUCAAAUAAUAAAUUAUACUUUUUUCAGGUAUGGGGAUAUGGUUCCGGAGACAACCCCAGGGAAAAUAGUUGGCAGCCUGUGCUCACUCAGUGGUGUGCUAGUGAUUGCCCUUCCUGUGCCAGUUAUUGUAUCAAAUUUCAGUAGGAUAUAUCUACAAAACCAAAGAGCAGACAAACGAAAAGCCCACAAGGUAUGCUAUUCCAUUUUCAGGGGCAGGAUCCAGGGGGCCCCCCUUAUUUUUAGACCAAACUGAGGCCCCAAAAAAUUUUUUGGAGAACACUCCCCUUCCGCGUAUCUGAAAGGUCUGGAUCUGCCACUGAUCUUAUACUUUAAAAUUAUCAAUUUAUAAAAUUGCUAGAAGUACUAGGCUCUGACAAAAAGCACCUCCAAGUGAUAUUUGUGUUAUUUUCUUAUCCAUUGUGAAACAUUUUUUAUACAAGAAUAGACGUGAAAAUACCAUUUUCACAGAUUCUCUAAUUUUUUACUGUAAUUCCUACCUUGUACGCAAAAAUAAGGAUACAAAUUUUACUCCAAGGCAAUAAAUUAAGAUGAUGAAGAAAUAUAAAAUAACAUGCUAACUGGCAAAAAUAAAAAAAUUAUGGAUAAAUCACUGUGUUCAACUUUGUCCAAAAUUGGAGCAAAAGUUUCGAACAUAUUUUUAAAAUGUUUGAAAUAAACAGUCCUUUUUUUGCAAGUAAUGUACUAUCAUGAUAAUACACGCAGAAUUUUAAAUUGCUUAAUAAUUUGUAAUUUAUUUCUGACAAAAUGUACAGUCACAACUAAGCUAUCACCAUUAAUUUGGUCACUGACUGUAUAAUUUAUGUAAUCAUGUAACUCAUUUUUAGAAAGCAAGAGUGUCAAUCUCAAAGACAAUGGCUGGUACUGCUUUGGUUUCACCCCCUGACAAAGACAAUGUUCCAUUGGUAAGUAAGAACCAGCUCAAUAAAAAAUAUCAAUGCAUGGUGAUAUAAAUUGGUACUUAAAAGAGGUUUAUACAGUUAAUAGAUUGAAUCCCAGAUCCCUUUUAUCCAAGACAAUACUUGGGUAUCUAGUAGUGAUGUGUUCUUAAAUGAAGAUAGUACACAAUGGAUGACCAUUACAGUUGUAAUAGCCUUUUAAUCAAUCUUAAAUUAAACCCAAAAAAGAAUUUCAGGGCUUCAAAAGGAUAUUAACCCAUGACCUCUGGUCUCCAACUGAGCUUUGAAGACCAAUACAUUGGGAGCAGGCUAAUUUGUUGAGUUCAUCUUAACCCGUGAAAGGAAUGAGACAAAUAAUGUCAACUGCAGAAAUACAAAUCUAAAUGAAGAUAUGACCAUCUCAGUUGCACAUCUGUAUAAUUCCUUCACCACCACCCUAUCAAAAGGUUGAUAGAGCAUUUCUCCACUGGGCCACUUACCGACUGGGUUAAAAAACUGGACAUAAUAAAUCAUGGUCACUGAGACCUCACUUCAGGUCAGACCCCUGUAAGCUGUGUCUCUCCAGAGCCAUAGGUAGCGGAGGGGAGGGUGGGGGGGCAAGGGGGGGGCAACUGCCCCCUCCCCCCUCCUGGACCUGUUGAGCCAGACACAUCAAGGCUUUGGAUGGAUUUGUUUUCUUUUAACUCAGUUAUUUUGAUUAUAGUGACUUGCAAUUGUUUGCCAUUUUCAUAUUCGGGGUCGAUUUUUCAGAGACAUAUCUCAUGACAAGUGCUGAAAAUAGCAUUUUAGAGCCUCCCAAUUAGAAAACCUCAGACCCCCCUACAAGGCUCAUGCCUUGGGCACUCGCACUAAUGACCCCCUCUUAAAAAAACCUAGCUAAGGCCCUGGUCCCUUUCAUCCUUCCUUUAGAUAUUAAUACUACAAAGGGGUGCAAAAGAAACAACACUGAUUAUUCCAGAGGGCAAGAGGGUUAAGCCCCAAAAGUGGUGUGGUCCAUCUUUUAUGGGCUAAGAGAGGGAAAGACUGCAUUAAUUGGACCCACAGAAAUUGAUGCAAUCUGCUGCCUCAUUGGUGUUCUUGCCAAUCUUGUGAAGUAGAAAUGUGGACCAAUGAGAAAUAACAAAAUAAUGUUCCACAAAUGGGUCUUUCUAAAACUGGUUUCAUGGAUGGAGCUUUCUUCUAGUUGGUUUGCAACCAUAUGACAUGGCAGGCAGGUUGGUGGGACAAUUGAAGUUAUUUCACAGGGUGACAGGGUGCAAGGGUGGCACAGUGAUGAGAGCACUCGCCUCCUACCAAUGUGGCCCGGGUUCAAAUCCCGGCAUCAACACCGUAUGUGGGUUGAGUUUGUUGUUGGUUCUCUCCCUUGCUCCGAGAGGUUUUUCUCCAGGUACUCCAGUUUUCCCCUCUCCUCAAAAACCAACAUUUCCAAAUUCCAAUUCGACCAGGAAUCAGGUAGCACAUCCACUAUGUGGAUGUGCUACCUAAAAAUCGUUAUUUAUUUAUUUAUUUACAUGAAAAACAGGGGAUUCAAAAUGUCUUAAAGCAGGUGGCCAACUCUGGAAAAGUAGGCAGCUGCGACAAUUGAGGGGCUGCAAGGCCCCAGAGGGUAGAGGGGUCUGAGUAGCCAGCGACCUAAAAUCAAGCAGCCGGCAGAACUCCAGCAGUCACUGGCUUGUUUUGAAACCCCUGUGAAAACGGAGUUUAGUUCCUAGAGAAAUAGAAAUGGUUUUGUUCUUAACCACCAACAUGGCUGCUAGGACAUCAAGUGCAAACCAGCAGUACAUAUAAUAAACGUAUUGUUUCGUGAUUUUGUCUAUGCAGGGGGCUGGUUUAGAGUUGACGCAGAUUCCAGUAAGCGAUAAAGAGAAAAAUUAUCUUGAUGAACAACACACUCAUCUGUUACAGUGCUUGGAGAAAGCAACAGUAUGUGCAUGUGAUACUUAAAAUAAUAUAUACACUGCCAGACACCAUUGCAAGACAAGAUUCACAACACAUCAAUGCCUUCUAUAAAUCCCCUGCAGUUUUUCUUGAAAUAUGUAGGAGAAUUGUUGCAGUGUUACAAAUGUCAACUUUGAGCAAUGCUAGCUGCAGAAAAUUCCCCCUUACAGUAGUAUGUAAGACCACUUGUUGAGUGUAUUACAAAGGGAUCUGCCCAUCAUCUUAUACAUCCUUGGUAGGAAGAGCUUCUAAUUUUGCAAACCUCCAGGUAAAAUUAAUUCUGUGACUAAUGUUUGCCUAGAGUUGAUUUUAUUUGGGGAAUGCAAUUGUUUAAAAAGAAUUUGACAUCAGAAAAGACCACUUAAAUUAUGGAAUCUCUUAUUGAGGGGAUCUAGUGUCCAAUUAUUUUGUAUAAUCUACUGUGCAACUUGACUGAGUGCCUUGACAUGUUAUGUUGAAAAAUGAGUCAAUGUGUUUUUUUUUUGCAGGCACGACAGUUUGUAGAAAUGGAAUACUCUUACAAAGGAGAAGCUGUGAGAAGAACUCCCAAGCAGUCUUCGCCAAUUUGCACACCCUCUGGCUCACCAAUAUCGUCAUCAGUGUCAUUGGCAGCAGUGUGCGACAAUGCCUGUUACAAUCGAAAUAGUUACACAGGGAAAUGCAUGAAACGAACAAGAUCACUUUCCGAGCCUGCACAUCAGCAUGAGAAUGCGUUUGUGCCAGAUCAUUUGGAGAUGAAUGACAUAAAAGGCAAGCAUAAGGCAAAUUCAAAGCCACAUAACCACGAAAAACAACCAAACAACAUAACAACAUCGGCCAUUGUGACAAUGCCAGAUUAUGAAACUGUUGUGGCAGUACCCAACAACAUCCAUGACAGUGCAGCUAAUCGCAGAUAUGAAAAUUGUAACAACCGAAGAGGUUCGCAUACCAUAAUUUAAAGUUUUUCAAGAAAAUGAAAUUCAGGCAAAUUAUAAAGAAGAACAUUAUUUCUGGCUAGGAAAGUUGUAAAAUGAGAUGUGUUCAAAAAACAACUGAACUGUUGGCAAAAAUCAUGAAAAGCAGUCCGGUAACUGAUAAGAAUAUUGCAGAAAAAAUGAUAGUAAAAAAAUUGUUUAUAAUAGUCAAAAUUCAAGCAAUAACUAUUACAAACUACAAUAGAGUUCACUCGGUCAGAAUUCCAGAAUUGCUCUUUGCCAAGUGGUUUUUUUUAAUGCCACAAGAUUUGGAGAUGUAGCGAGGAAAAUCAGCCCAUCAAUUUGAAAGCGGGGCUUUUAUCCAAUACUGAAGACGACUUGCAUUGUGCAGUGCACGGUGAUUGUGAGAUGCUUGGUCAUCAGAGAUAUUUAUUCAACAAAUAUUUUCUACAAAACGUGAGGAAAUGAGAGACUAAAUACAAACCAAUUGCACACUGGCGCCGGAAAGUGCGUACAGGAAAAUAGUGGCCACACCCACAGAGGUAGGGUGCUGAGAGCCACAAAAAACUUGGCACCAUGUUUGGAGCUGGUCUCUGACAUUUAUAGUUUGAGUGAGGAUCAGCAGAGAAGCUUAUGGACUGGAGACCAGGUAUGGAUCUUGUGAGAGUACAUCCUACCUUUCACAAAGGUGGNACUUGCAUUGUGCAGUGCACGGUGAUUGUGAGAUGCUUGGUCAUCAGAGAUAUUUAUUCAACAAAUAUUUUCUACAAAACGUGAGGAAAUGAGAGACUAAAUACAAACCAAUUGCACACUGGCGCCGGAAAGUGCGUACAGGAAAAUAGUGGCCACACCCACAGAGGUAGGGUGCUGAGAGCCACAAAAAACUUGGCACCAUGUUUGGAGCUGGUCUCUGACAUUUAUAGUUUGAGUGAGGAUCAGCAGAGAAGCUUAUGGACUGGAGACCAGGUAUGGAUCUUGUGAGAGUACAUCCUACCUUUCACAAAGGUGGCAGGUUUCAAUAAGGUACAGAUAAAGUUAACUUAACUUUUUUAUGAUCCUGAACCUGUGGGCUUUUCAUGGAUAUAUGCAAGGAUGCACAAGUAACAGAAAGAUGCCACAGUGAAAACAUUCUCAGGAGAAUCAUGGACAUUGUCUGCAAUUAUUGCGGAUCAAGGUUUGCUCAAAAUUCCUCAAAAGCUUAGCCUUCAAGGCAACAUAAUUUAUCAAACAUUAAAAUAUGGAGUAAUUUUCACUCCAUUAGAGACAAACUUUUUAAAGGAAAGGGUUUCUUUUUAAGAUAUGAUGAUAACUUAUUUGUACAAAGGAAAAUGAAAUGAAAUUGUAAUUAGGUAAUUAUAGUAGUAUUGACAAGAAAGUUCUAAGGGUGACAAAAGACAUGGGUAGCCUGUUAAGUGGCUACGGUCAUUUUAUUUGAAAGGGAAGAGAGAAAGAAAAAUUUCGGUCCACACUCAAGCCCCAGCCAUAGAAAAACGCCUUAUCAAAUACCUGCCAUGGUAGAUGAUCAGAGAUUGCACUGAUUUUUCCACAGACUCAAAAGUUUGAAUGGCCUUGUACAUCAUAUUAGACAUCCACAAUAACACAUGACAUAUUACACUUAAUUAUUAUUUUACAUACACCACAGUGUUCUACAGUGUAUGUGGUAAAAGAAUUAACUGGAGUAGUGAAAAACAGGUCUUCAGGGAAUGACACUCAGGCUGGAUGACAAACAAGGCAAAAGCUGGGACUAAAGUGUGAUUAUUAAUAAUCAUUAGCAGUUUUUAUCUGUCAAGGUACAAAUUCAUGCAGUCACAUUAGUUAUAUUAAUUUUUUGCUGUCUACAACAAUGUUUUCUCAUCUAUUUAUUUAGAUUGUUAAAUGCUCUGCAAGUGCAUGUAUAAAUGGUAGUAUUUUAACUGAUCUCAAAGAUAUUUAAUUAGGAGCAUUUUAUCCUACUAAAUAACAAUUUCUCCAGGUAAUGUAUUAACUUUACCCAGCAGACCACUCAAUUCUUCUGUUUUACAAAUUUCAUUCAUGCAGUCACAUCAAUAAUGCUGUUGUUCUUGCGAAAAUCUACACAUAUUUAACGGAAAACUAUACUGUCACAACAACGAAAUUGGCUAAAAACCUAUGAAUUUUAAUUUGUUUGGUGUAAAACAACAAAAAUCAACAGCUAUAACAAUUGUACUUGUAACAUGUACAAAUUUCCAAAAAGAAAACACGAACCAGCAGUACAAAUGUAUAUGAGAAAAUUUUGGCUGCAAUGACUUAUUUAUAAGUUAAUUAAUGCUAUGCACUGUGUAAAAUUAACAAGCAACAGAUUAGAGAAAUGAUGAUGUCACAAAAAAAGAUUAAUUAAUGCAAUUGUGAGAUUGGAUAGGAAGUUCAGAGAGAACAUGAUAAAAAUUGCCCGCUUGCCAAAAAUCGUUGGGUUAGUGCAAAUUGGUGGUGAGAUUUAGGAAACAUAAUGUUCUGAUGAUUCCAUACAAAUCCUUCUAAAACUGGCUCAGAUCAUAACAUGUACAAUCCAAGUCAAAUUUAGAGAAAUUUUUAUGGAGUCAUCACAGUAUAACCUUGCUAAAUAAUAUCUCACCACUAAUUUACCCUAACAUACAUUGUUGUACUGAUUUUUGGCAUGUGGACAUUUUUCUUCUUGUUCGUUAAUUGUAAACAUCCCAAUCCAUCCCAUAAUUUGACAAAUUUGAAUUUUUGAGAUAGCAUACUUCUUUAAUCUAUUUUUGAUCAAAAUUACUUAUCUCGUGCAACUGACAUGGCCUUCGAUUAUUGUAAUAAGCAUGUCAGUCACGCUAGGUAUUUAGUUUAGCUUUCCUUGUGGUACACUCAUCUAAUUUGUAUAAAUUUCAUCCAGUUUCCCUUUAGUUUAAAUAAUACCCUUUUCAUCUCUGAUACCAAAAGCCAAAUUCCCCACUGUCACCUUUCUCCAUAAAUAUCUUAUGGUACUUUUUAAGAGAAAUUGCUGAAAACUAUCAAAGAAUUAUUUCUUUGGAGAAAUGUUCCUUAUUCUUAGGAUAUAUUAGAUGCUUAUCGCAGCUUGUCGGACUUAAAAGGUUAACCUUUAACUAACUGUGCUUGAAAAGAGGACAGUAAUUACAGCUGUUUAGGAUAACAAGCGACCUGCAAAGCACAAUCCUGAGCUGGCUAGACAACUUCAAUGUCAAAAUACUAUAGAAUCUAAUAGGCCACUUCCAAGUUCCAAAAAUUCUCACUUUUCAAAAGAAGGUUACGUGCAAAACCUUUCUCAUGAAAAUGAGUUUUAUUGACAUGAGAAUAAAGAGCCAUUUUGAUAUCAAUGGCUUUGCACUUAGCCUGUCAUGCUUUGAAACAGAAGCUUUGGGCAACUCAGAAAUGGCCUAUUUAGCUAGGUUGGCAAUUUUUAAUGACAACAGUAUUGCCAUGGCACACCCACACAAAACUUUUUUGCAACUCGUCGUCAGAUACAAAAUCCAGUUUCUUGUGAGAGGAAAUUAAAUUUUCAGAAUAACUUCAGGUGUUUUUUGGCCCUCUUUGGGAAUCUUUAAACCAAAUUAGAGGUGAUUGGAGAAGGGUUAGAAAUCCUGGUGAUCACUGGUGAAAAAAUCUCAGGCCUGUGUCAUUAUGUCUGUUUAUGUUGGCAGGUGUAGCAUCCCUGCGAACUUAAUAAUUUUAUUCCUGGGAACAACAAAUCACUCUAAGUUAUUUUUUACGCUGUACUGGGAAGUUGUAUUUCAAAACUUAUAGCUUAUAGAAGAUGCGCAGAGUAAUGGUACUGUGCCUAGGAGACUUUGAAUGCCAAAUGAAAUGCAUUAUAUUUAUUUGAACACAAAUUUUGAUUAUUUAUCUACAAAUUUAUUUAUUGGUUUAAGUUUUUAGUAAAGUAUAUGUAUAUAUACUUUCAUCUGUCACGCAACACUUCAGCACUAGUUGUCUGUUUUAUGACAACAAAAUAGCAAUAGUGAUUUGACUGUCGUUUGGCUCGUGACAUUUGAAACAGAGAAACAUGAACAUGAUGGUUUACAAGGUGUUGUGAGCCUGAGGUUGACCUUGCUUUGACACAAAAAUCCUUCCUUUUUCUUAUGGAAAUCACGCUGCAGGCACGACAGUUUGUAGAAAUGGAAUACUCUUACAAAGGAGAAGCUGUGAGAAGAACUCCCAAGCAGUCUUCGCCAAUUUGCACACCCUCUGGCUCACCAAUAUCAUCAUCAGUGUCAUUGGCAGCAGUGUGCGACAAUGCCUGUUACAAUCGAAAUAGUUACACAGGGAAAUGCAUGAAACGAACAAGAUCACUUUCCGAGCCUGCACAUCAACAUGAGAAUGCGUUUGUGCCAGAUCAUUUGGAGAUGAAUGACAUAAAAGGCAAGCAUAAGGCAAAUUCAAAGCCACAUAACCACGAAAAACAACCCAACAACAUAACAACAUCGGCGAUUGUGACAAUGCCGGAUUAUGAAACUGUCGUGGCAGUACCGAACAACAUCCAUGACAGUGCAGCUAAUCGCAGAUAUGAAAACUGUAACAACCGUAGAGGUUCGCAUACCAUAAUUUAA